UCUCAUAUUAUACUUGGUAACUGUUCCUACGGAUUGUACCAUUUACCUUCCUCCCCUCGUCCCCUAAACCUUUUCUAUAUAGGUGAAGGAAACAGAAAUCUCUGCGCAGGUUGCCAGCCAAGCAAGAAGAAUAAGCAUGCAAUCACAACCAAACAUCACUGCAUAUGGGAGUGCUCCAGGCAGACCAGCUUUUCCUGGUCAAGCUCAAGAUCCCUUAUAUGGUUAUUUUGCAGCAGUUGCUGGGCAGGAUGGGCAAAUAGAUGCUGAUGAGCUUCAAAGAUGUCUUACCCAAUCAGGCAUUGCAGGAGCAUAUAAACCUUUCAACUUAGAGACAUGCAGACUCAUGAUCUCCAUGCUGGAUAGAGACAUGUCUGGCACGAUGGGCUUUAAUGAAUUCAAAGAGCUCUGGGCUGGGCUGAGUGGUUGGCGGCAGCAUUUCAUGAGUGUUGAUUCAGACCGCAGUGGCUCAAUGGAUUCUCAGGAGAUGCAGAAAGCUUUGGCAACCAUGGGAUUUAGGUUGACUCCACAAGCAAUGAAUGCAAUAACAAAACGAUAUGGUUCUCAUGGAAAGAUUGCAUUUGAUGACUAUAUUGCCUGCUGUGUUAAACUCAGAGCUCUCACUGAUAGCUUUCGAAGAAGGGAUGCAGCCCAGCAGGGAAUAGUGAACUUCCAGUAUGAUGAUUUCAUUCAGUGUAUCAUGAGCAUCUAAUUUGUAAUGAAGGAAGAAACUCAGCAUGAUCAACAUUCCACAUUGUUUGUAGCUUUCCACCAAAAAAUCAUGGCUGAGUAACUAAGUGGUAGUUGCAUAUUUUAUUAAUAUUGAUUUAUAUGCCUUUAUAGUUUUGAUAACUAACAAAAGAAGGAACAUGAAAUAAAUUUUGUUUUGAGUUGAUUGGUCUUUCAUAUUUGUAAUUCAUUUUGUAUCAAGUAAUAACAUAUUUAUCCAGUUUUUAUCAUCUCUUCCUGUACUACUGAGAACUGUUCAUACCUUCUUGUUAUUUUGCUUUGGCAUUUAGAUGUGUAACAAUACUAUAUGAAGUGGUAGAGAAAUUUAUUUUAGAUGUUCAGGGACAACCAAGACCUCCUAAGAAAUCCAGGUGUGGCUUUCCAAAUACAUAAUUUGGGAAGGGUCAGAGGGCAGCAUGGGCGUGUCUUUUCAGUCAUCCCGAGCUGCACAGGAAGGCAAGGUAAGUCCCUUGCAGACACCCUGGGCGGCUUCUUGUGGAGCCGCCCCUGCGGGCAGCAGCGGCAUCAGGACUGCCUGCAUGGAACUGUGCGAGCGGUUCCCGAUGCUCUACCGCCUUACUUUAAGCCUGUGGGCAGCCGCUGCCUCAGCCGUGCAGAAACAGCUGGAGGUGGAAAAACACUGUUGUUAAAACCAGCUCCUCCCCUUGGUUGAAACAGACAAUAGUGCUGAGCAGUUUCCAAAUAAUAGUUUUUGUCUUUUUAUGGCAUUUAUAUGGCAUGUGAAAUCAGACAGUGGAGAGGUGGUGUAAAAUCUAAUUAAACAAACAAAUAUGUAUCUUGCUUAUAAUAUAAGACAGGAAUUUCAGUGUAAGUCUUCUCAUGCACACACAUCAAAUUAAGGGUCUUUUUAAAAAAAAUACCAAACACAAACCAUUCAUUUGAAAGCCAUUUUUACUGAUUUUACAAUAUGCAAGUAAUGAAAACAAAAAAGCAUUUUGUAGUAAAUAUUCUCAUAAUUGCCAUGAUAAACAAAUUGCAUUUUAUAAAAAGGAACAUUUUUAGUUAAUAGGAAAUCUAGCUUAAUGGAUUUUAUUGUUUAUGGCAAAAAGCUGCAGUGCUAUGAAUGGGCAUGUUUUUGUAUCCAUAUUUCCAAAAAAAAUCUGUUUUAGCAGCAUACCAGGAAGAAUUAGGAAGUUAUAUCAUAAUACAGCAAAAAAAAGUAUGAGACAAUAGUAGGCAAUUUCCACGGGGUGGUGUAAUGUAAGUAUCCUCUUACGGUACUAACAGCGUAAACACAAGUACUUGCUUUUGCAAGAAUUCAAUACCAGGUAAAGCAUAACUAGUACACCCAGAGCAAUGUUGAAAUUGAUUGUCACACUGGAAAUGUUUUCAGCAGCAGAUUUAAAAAUGUAGUAAUUGUUGCUGUAAUGAUUGUAAAAAGUUGAAAUGGGUCUGGACACAUUUAACACAGUCAUUUAAUUUCAUGGAAAUCAAAAGGAUCAAAAGCAUACAAGUUAUGCUGGGAUUGUUCUAAAUAAUAUUAUGAUAUAAAGACAACUCGAAGAUUCAGUUUGUAUAUCAGACUGCAUGUCUUAGCAAACACCCCACAGAUUCGGAACACAAGUGCUCCACAAGAAUUACUGUAUUAAUGCUUUUGGUAUAUUGCAAAAUUACAACUGUGAUUUUAUAGCUGUCAGCUAGCACCACUCUAUUCAAGGGCAGUAAAGCAUAUAUACAAGUAUUUCUAAACUGUUUGUAAAAAUAUAUGUUGCAAAACUCGAAUUUGUAAGGCUUCUCAUACUUACAAUCUAUGUCUAUUUUUCUGAACCUCAAAACUAGAGGGAAAAUAUAUAUUUUAGUUUUAACUUCCAUCCAACCAAUUAGUGGCCAGACAUCUGCUCUGCCAUAUUCUCUAUCUGCCUAAUAUUUAACCUAAUGCAGUGGUGCCCAAUAUUUCAUAGCUUUGGUGAAGGCAAUAAGGCUCAGCAAGACACCACUAGUUUGCAUGCCAGAAUCUCACAUUCAGGCCAUGGCAACUCCAAUGAAAGGGAUCUCUGGUAGUAGAAACUUUGUUAGAUCAUAACAAACCUCUACCAAUUGGAGAAGACAAUUUUGAGCCACAUUGACCAGUAUGCUGAGGCAAUAAAACCCAGCACCUUCCACUAUGAUCAUGUCAAUCCAAUACUUCCACUCCCCCUCCCCCCCCCCCACCCUAUUCUUGGUUUAUUUAUAGCUUUUUUAAUAAUUUCCAAUGGCUGUUGCAAUUUAGGUGGAGAAAAUUCUUAUCAAUUUCCAGAAAAGAAAGUGGGAUGGGAAACAGUUUUGACUAUACAUACAAAAUCUUACAAAGCAACACAAUACGAGAAUACUAUUUACUGAAAAGGAAGACCAGGAUGCGUUUUAAGAUGUGCCAUCAAGAAAAAGAGGGAAUUAUCUUACAUUUAAAUACAAAUUACAUGUACCAUAAUUAAAAAAUUGUGUAUAAAAUA